AUGAAUUAUCGUCAUAACAAAAUUAUGUUCACGAAACUCGUGUUAACGUUGCUUGUGUCUGGAGCUUGGAGCCGUUCAUGGGCCAAUCAUCAUGACACUACAACCUCUACUACACAAACAACGCCCACUACCAGUCAAGCGCCGAAGAAUUUUCAUAAUGACCCUCUUAUCGUUGAGACUAAAAGUGGCCUUGUAAAAGGUUAUGCCAAAACAGUGAUGGGUCGUGAGGUGCACAUUUUUACUGGUAUUCCAUUUGCAAAACCUCCUCUUGGUCCAUUAAGGUUCCGAAAGCCUGUCCCUAUAGACCCAUGGCAUGGAGUUUUAGAAGCAACAUCCAUGCCAAAUAGCUGUUACCAAGAGAGAUACGAAUAUUUUCCUGGUUUUGAGGGUGAGGAGAUGUGGAAUCCUAACACUAACAUAUCAGAAGACUGUUUGUAUCUUAAUAUAUGGGUACCUCAGCACCUUCGCGUUCGACAUCAUCAAGAUAAACCCUUAACGGAAAGACCAAAAGUACCAAUAUUAGUUUGGAUUUAUGGGGGCGGUUACAUGAGCGGCACGGCCACUCUUGAUUUGUAUAAAGCCGAUAUAAUGGCUUCCUCUAGUGAUGUCAUUGUUGCUUCUAUGCAGUACAGGGUCGGUGCAUUUGGAUUUUUAUACUUGAACAAUUAUUUUUCCCCUGGUAGUGAAGAAGCACCAGGUAACAUGGGUUUGUGGGAUCAACAAUUGGCGAUCCGAUGGAUCAAAGAUAAUGCUCGUGCCUUUGGCGGAGAUCCUGAAUUGAUUACAUUGUUUGGAGAAUCAGCGGGUGGUGGCAGCGUGAGCCUUCACAUGCUGUCUCCGGAAAUGAAGGGACUGUUCAAAAGAGGUAUAUUGCAGUCUGGAACUUUGAACGCCCCUUGGAGUUGGAUGACAGGAGAGAGAGCUCAAGAUAUAGGAAAAGUCCUAGUUGAUGACUGUAACUGCAAUAGUAGUCUUCUGGCGGUAGACCCGAGCCUAGUGAUGGAUUGUAUGCGUGGAGUGGAUGCUAAAACGAUAUCAGUGCAACAGUGGAAUUCAUAUACUGGUAUACUAGGAUUUCCAUCGGCUCCAACUGUUGAUGGUGUGUUUCUACCAAAAGAUCCAGAAACUAUGAUGAAAGAGGGAAAUUUUCAUAACAAUGAAGUUCUUCUUGGUAGUAAUCAAGAUGAAGGUACAUAUUUCUUACUCUAUGACUUCUUGGAUUACUUCGAAAAAGACGGCCCAAGUUUUCUACAACGAGAAAAGUUUCUUGAGAUUAUCGAUACAAUUUUCAAAGAAUUUUCCAAAAUUAAGAGAGAAGCAAUCGUGUUUCAAUACACAGACUGGGAAGAAAUCACAGACGGCUAUUUGAAUCAAAAGAUGAUUGCGGAUGUGGUUGGUGACUACUUCUUCGUAUGUCCCACUAACUAUUUCGCAGAGGUGUUGGCGGACGCUGGAGUCGAAGUUUAUUACUAUUAUUUUACUCAUCGUACAAGCACUAGUCUAUGGGGAGAAUGGAUGGGAGUUAUGCAUGGCGACGAGAUGGAGUACGUGUUUGGUCACCCCCUUAACAUGUCCCUGCAAUACCACACCCGCGAACGAGACCUAGCUACUCACAUUAUGCAGUCUUUCACCAGAUUUGCUUUGACAGGAAAGCCUCACAAAUCGGACGAAAAGUGGCCUCUGUACUCCAGGACUUCACCACAUUAUUACACGUACACCGCUGAUGGAACUAGCGGACCGGCUGGUCCACGCGGGCCUCGUGCUUCUGCUUGCGCUUUUUGGAACGAUUUUUUGAAUAAGCUUAACGAACUGGACCAUGUUCCAUGCGAUGGAGCUGUAACUGGGCCAUAUAGCAGUGUGGCCGGCACAAGUCUGCCGAUAGUACUGCUCACGACCCUGGCGACAACGGCGGCUCUGUAA